UGGGCGACAGGAACAUGCGCAGUUGAACGAUGGCCGGUGGGAGGAAAGCAGAGCGCAUGCGCUUUGUGGCAAGUGGCUGACGGGAGCCGGUGGCUGCGGCGGGACGGUUGAGUUGGGCGCACUGCUCCGUGAGUGGGGUAGGGGCGCAGUGACUGAGGAGGCGGCGUCUGGCAACUGGCAGAAGUAAAUAUGAGGCGAUCAGCAGCUCCAAGUCAACGUCUAGGGAAUUCAGCUAAAAAGCCAAGGUUUAUACCCCCAGGAAAAAAUAACACCGUCUGUCUGAAGAAAGAAAAUGAACAGCUGGUCCCAGAAAUUAAGUCGACUGAGGUAGAAGAGAAACAGCAGAGCGGCUCUGGGCAUACAAGAGCUCUUUCUAGAAUAUGUGGUAUAAAUAUAAAUUCUACACAGGCUGUGGAAUCUCUUGGAGAAAUAAGCUCCAUGGAAAAGUGUAAUGGAGAAAAUGAGUGUGAGGCUGCUGGAAUGAAAAAAGUAAAUAGAACUAAAGCAGGUGAAGCCAUAGUACUGUCUGUAAGAGCUAUUGCUGAGUUGGAGAAAAGAAGAGAGGAUCUGACAGACAGGUUUGUUGACCCAGUGCAUGUACCAACACCAGAAAUAGCAAGACACAAGAAAGUGGAAGACGAACCUGACUGCCUUGCAAAAUACUUCAGUGUUGUGUGGUGUAAAGCUUCAAAGAAAAAACACAAGAAGUGGGAAGGUGAUGCUGUUCUUAUUGCAAAAGGAAAGUCUGUGAUACUGAAAGAUAUGGAAGGCAAAGACAUUGGAAGAGGUACUGGAUAUAAAUCUAAAGACCUUGAAAGUCUUGAUGAAGGUCAAACGCUGAUGAUUGGAGGAAAAGAAAUUGAAGUGAUGGGUAUAAUUUCAGCAGAGGACUUUAAUAGUGGCAAAUGUUUUCAGACUGGUGUUGGGACGUCCACCACAGUCCCAAUUGCUUCUUCACAAAGUACCCUGAAACCAUUCUGUAGCCCAUUCAAAAAUGUCUGCAAGCCAAGCACUAAAGAAAAUCUAUUUAAAGAGUCUCAGAACUACAAACCUCGCCAUGAUCCAAAUGCAUCAAAUUCUUUAGUUAUGCCACGUCCAACUCCAGAUCACCAGCGGAUGUUCAAUAAGGCUGGUUUACCUGUGGUAGAUGUAGUUGUGGAUCCUUACCUUGUAAAUCAUCUUCGCCCACAUCAGAAAGAAGGAAUUGUAUUCCUGUAUGAGUGUGUGAUGGGAAUGAGACUAAGUGGCAGAUUUGGAGCUAUUCUUGCUGAUGAAAUGGGCUUAGGAAAAACAUUGCAAUGCAUUUCGCUUGUCUGGACUCUCCUACGUCAGGGGCUGUAUGGAUGCAAACCUAUAAUAAAGCAGGCACUGAUUGUCACCCCUGGGAGUCUGGUGAAGAACUGGAAAAAAGAAUUUCAGAAAUGGCUGGGAAGUGAAAGGAUCAAAGUGUUUACAGUUGAUCAGGAUAACAAAGUAGAAGAAUUCAUCAAUUCCCCACUUCAUUCAGUUCUGAUAAUCAGUUAUGAGAUGUUGCUGCGCACCUUGGACCAAAUUCAGACUAUAGAAUUUAACCUCCUAAUCUGCGAUGAGGGGCAUCGUUUGAAAAACAGCUCCAUUAAGACAACUACAGCCCUCGUCAGUCUGUCCUGUGAGAGAAGAAUUAUCCUGUCUGGCACUCCAAUUCAAAAUGACCUGCAAGAAUUUUACGCAUUAAUAGAGUUUGUAAAUCCAGGAAUACUUGGUUCUUUGUCCACAUACAGAAAAAUAUAUGAGGAGCCUAUUAUUCAGUCCCGAGAGCCUUCAGCGACAAAGGAAGAAAAGGAGUUAGGAGAGAAAAGAGCAGCAGAACUCACUCGCCUAACUGGACUGUUUAUUCUUAGAAGAACACAAGAGAUCAUAAACAAAUUUCUCCCACCAAAAAAGGAGAGCAUACUUUUCUGCCGACCAACAGCCUUGCAGCUUGAACUCUAUAGAAAACUGCUUAGUUCUCGAGUCAUUAGAUCCUGCCUACAAGGAGUACUAGAAAACAGUCCUCAUCUGAUAUGUAUAGGAGCUUUGAAAAAACUCUGCAACCAUCCCUGUCUUCUGUUUAAAGCCAUAAAGGAAAAACAAUGUAAUCCAACUUGUGAUGAAUCUGAGGAAUCCAAUCUUUAUGAAGGUUUAAGAGAGAUUUUCCCACAAGAUUAUACCUCCACCACUUUCACUGAAACUGACUCAGGAAAAUUACAGGUCCUGGCAAAGCUGUUGGCAGCAAUCCGUGAACUCAGCCCGUCUGAAAGAAUUGUGUUGGUAUCUAAUUAUACACAGACAUUGAAUAUUUUGCAAGAGAUGUGCAAACAUUAUGGAUACUCUUAUACAAGACUUGAUGGACACACUCCUAUCUCCCAGAGGCAACAGAUUGUGGACAGUUUUAAUAAUAAAUUCUGUUCAGCGUUUAUCUUUUUGCUGAGUUCGAAGGCUGGCGGUGUAGGUCUGAACCUUGUUGGAGCAUCUCAUUUAAUUCUCUAUGAUAUUGACUGGAAUCCAGCCACAGAUAUUCAGGCAAUGGCCAGGGUAUGGAGAGAUGGUCAGAAACACACUGUGCAUAUUUACAGACUGCUAACUACAGGCUCAAUAGAAGAAAAGAUCUAUCAGAGACAGAUCAGCAAGCAGGGCCUUUCUGGGGCAGUCGUAGACCUUUCCAAGACAUCUGAACACAUCCGUUUUUCCAUUGAGGAACUUAAAAAUCUCUUUAUACUACAUGAAGAUUCCAGCUGUGUUACCCAUGACCUGCUUGAGUGCAACUGUAUGGGAAAGAAAGACCAUCAAAAUCCUUCUUCGGAAAAGCUCCCUGUGUAUAGAGGUUGCCAGCUGGGACAACAUCAUGAGAAGGCCGAUUCAAAGAAACCUCUUUCUAUGUCACAGCUGAUGCAAUGGAAACAUUUUUCAGGGCAGCACCAGACUCUUGCUGAUCCCGUCCUUGAAAGAAUAAAGAAUAAUAUUUCUUUUAUUUUCCAAAAUGUAACCAAUCCAGCUACUCCCACCCCAUAAAACUAAAUUAUUUUUUCCAUGUACGUGAUGUGCCUUGUACUCGCUGGGUGCCAGUCUUCUAAGAAAAAUAAAGUAUGCAGUAGCCUUUAUGUUGCUGCCAAAACUCA